UGCCCCCGAGAAUUGAAAAUCUGGCCAUAUUGACAUUAAUUUUGUGUAUAAAGAUUUACUGUCCACAAAAUGGAUAACGUUUCUGGUGCUGUAGCUGGUGCUGCUGUAAAGUCGCUCAUUCAGCCCCACCCUGGUACUGGAAUUUUUAAAUCCUGGCAGGGCAUAGUAGAGAUUGUUCUCAGAAUUGUCAGUUUGGUUCUGCUGUUUCUCCUGUUCAUUUGCUGUUGUGUGGUGUUGGGAAAUCUGAAUAGCACCUCUUUGAGUACGUCAGGGAUUGCAUCUUAUCAUGCUGCACCAGGUUGGCUCCUGUUUGUGGUCAUAGUUACCAUGGCAGUUGAGGGACUGAUUCUUGCUAGCCGAUUCCUUAACUUCGGAUUUGUCACAAAGUUUAAUACAAUUUUCCAUAUUGUGGACAUUGUUAUAUGUUUUGUCACUGCGGUGGCAAUAUUUUGUGGCACUAUUCCAAGUGCUGUGUAUGCAGGACGGCUUAAUGCUAUUGGUGCUGCUGUUCCUGGUGCUGCUGCUGCUGGUGGAGCAAUGGGUGGAGUUGCUGCGUUUGGUUUCUUCGCGAUGAUUGGCUUUGUUGGACUAGGUGUGUUCAUGAUACUCUCGAUAGUACUGAAGUGGCCAAAUGUUAACGGAAGCAAUUAUUCUGUGCCAGGAGCCACUGAUGCCAGUUUCGAAGAUGAAUAGGUUUCGUAGUUAUAUAGUAUAAUAAUUAUACUAUAGUUGGUUUUGAUCCAUGGGACAAACCUUACUUUUUGUGCGUGUACUGAACUCUAUAUAUAUACUUAUAGUAUUGAACCUAGGAUGCAGAACUGUUGUUUUAUGACUUAGAUCAUAGAUUCAUAAUUUUAUUUUUUUUACAAAUUA